AUGUCCAGCGGCAAUGUUGAACUCCUGGGCGACAAUGUGGAAAUCCUGGAUUACGAACCCGAGGGCGAGGCUCCCACUGCAGAGCAGUUUCCAGCGGCCGGUGCGGGAGACGAGAGCCGCCCCAUGCCCAUCGUGUUCACAGUCAAUAGUCUGCUGGCCAACAUCGCCACGGCGGAUCCGGCGGACCUGGAGGAGGCCUAUAGCCCAGGACGUGCCUCUCUGGAGGAUAUUGCCGGGGCGGCCCAGGCGGACGCGCGAGAGCACGCGAAGCGCGAGGACGCGGAGCGCGUGGCGGAGCGUGAGGCUGCUCUGGCUGCUGCUGCGAGGAAGCAGGAGGAGGAGCGUGAGGCUGCCCUGGCUACUGCUGCGAGGAAACAGGAGGAGGAGCGUGCGGCUGCUCUGGCGGCAGCCCGGAAGCAGGAGGAGGAUCGUAAAGCUGAGCUGGCGGAGCGCGAGGCGUACGUCCAAGCUGCUAUGGCGAAGCAGGGGGCGCUCCGAUCACGGCUGGACCACCUCGAGUUCCGCCCCCGUGGCCCGCAUGCAGCGGCCUUGCCCUCGCUCUCUCCCAAUCGUCGUGUUGUUGCCCCCCCCCAAUUGCAAUCCCAGCGUGCCUCUGUGGCGAAGGAGAACGGACGGGAGGUGGCGGCUACUCCGGAGGUUUCGGUGACGUUGGGUCGUCGGGCCGGUGAAGACGGGGCAUCGACUGCGGCCGAAGCCGCGGGGUACGAGUUCCAUGUUGGCGAGACGGCGUUCCUGUCCCGCCAACUAGAGAUGCCAGCCGAAGACGCCUCUUCACGCCCUGCACAUGUUUCUGGAGGGGACAAGGACUAUAAUCGGUCGGCGGCUCCUGCGUCUACGAGCUGGAAGAACCUUUGGGGUGACCAAGAUUCGACGGCCAAGAGCGGGACGGACAAACACCGCCGCUCCACCCAGUCUUCGCGAGGGCGCGGCACCGGAGAUGGCGGGCGAGGGCAAGCCGUGGGGAGCCAGUCUACCAGUUCUUCGCCGGCGAGCCGCCGCCGCCGGAGCAAGUCGGAGCGCAGAACGUCAACAGCGCACCAAUCCUUCGUCUAGGCGUGGGCGCAGCCGGAGCGGAGACCAUCGUGGGAGAAACACGCCUUCGUCUAGGCGUAGCCUCAGCCGGAGCCAGAACCGGAGCGGGGGCUACAGCAGGGCGACCAGCACUGACAGCAGUCGCGGCGGAAAAGGGGGACGGAAGUCAGGCCACGGUAACAGGUAGAAAACCAUCUGCGCAAGGAACCGGCAGGGCCCUCGACGUACGCCUUCUUCAUCCAGAAAUUGGCGGCUGCCUGGGACACUCAAGACAAGAGCUUGGGGAUUGAUCAUCUUCGCAGUUUUGGCGUGUCCAACGGCGAGACCUACGGAGAAUACAUUCGUCGCUAUAAGGCUCUGGCCAUGACCGUCAUGCUUUCCCACCACGCGUUCAAGCCUUCGGAAGCGCAAGUGCAGAUAGCUGUUCUAGACUCCAUGUUGAAGCAGUUUCCGGUAGUGUCUGGGCAGGUGUACAAGGAUGAGCAGCUCUCCAUGGAAGCCCCUUUUGGGCGACAUGCUUCGUGUCUGGAUGACAUGUGGGAUGUGUUGGACAAGCGUGCGUUUGCGCACACGCCGGCGGUGCAUGUAGAUGAUUUCUUUUCGGUAUCUUCCAUGAAUGCUAGGAGUUCGGCUGCUGUUUCGCGUGCUGUAGCUUCUUCGGCGUUGCGUUCGACGGUGACCCCUUUGUGGAGCCAGGGCUCUUCGGUGGCCGUGAUGAGUGUUGACCCU